AAUUUGCACUCAUACGUAUGUAACGAAAUGUGAACACACUUGUCCUGCGCAUGGUACCGCGCAUGUAUAAUGAACAGACUUCUGGUUUUGAGUGACUGCUCUUAAAACAAAACAAAAGUGGAGGUUACUUAUAGUAUUGUCAACUACUUCUCUAGUCUCCGAUUAUUGCGAUCAUUAGAUAUUUAGUAAGACAAUCUGACAGUCGAGAAAAGAUAUGAGUUGCUUAUAUUAUUAAUAAUUUUAUAAAAUUGCUCUGCAUAUGCAAUUUUUUAUAAUCUUAUUGGAUCGAGAGGUUAAUGUUUCCUUGAAUUAUUCUGAAUAAGACUUCGAUUCACAUUUCUAAAAAAUGGCUAGCUUACCAAAAAGAAAACUACCAACUGCUAGCCAAGCAGAAAUUUUGCGAUCUCACCAAAGGGACAAUGAUUUUGUUUUGACAAUGAGCGAAACAAUUACUGACCUUCUCCAUAGAUAUGAUUUGUAUCGGAAUUUUUCACGUUUCAUUAAAUCUGAAGUACCUGCUAAGAUGUUUUACUUUAUUGUAACAUCUGGUCUGGGUAAUCAAACUUUGGGCGAAGAAUACACGGGCAUUGUUCAAGCUAAUUUACAUGCUCGGAAAGUUCCUUCUUUAAUGACAAGGGUACUGGCAGCUAUACUUGAAUGCUUUGGUGAACAAAUGUUGUUAAAGCUUUUAGAAAAAUUGCAAAUUACAAUAAAUAAGCCAAACAGUGAUUUGACACCACAAGCCAAAUCAUUUUUAAAUGUAUUUCUCAAUAGAACAAGAACUGUAAUACCUAUUUUAAUUUUGGCACAUCGUGGACUUUUCUACAUUUAUGGUAGAUACUAUAGUAUUGGCAGAAGACUGACAAAAGUUGACUAUGUCAAGGUUUAUGGACCACGUCCCCACAGCAGUGUAAGUUGGGGUUUGAGGAUUCUAGGUUUUGCUACUGUUGCACAGUGUUUAUUUAGACUCUGGCAAUCUAGAAACAUGACUGAGGAGAUAAUGACUGAAGCUAAAGAAUUCGAAAGUGUGUCAAGCAGCCGAUGUCAGUUGUGUUUAGAAAAAAUUUCAGAUACAACUACUCCAUGUGGGCAUUUAUUCUGCUGGUCUUGCUUAGCUGAGUGGCUCAGGGCACGAAAUCGAUGUCCUCUUUGUCGCGAAAGCGUAGCUCCUUCGAGAAUCAUUCCAUUGAUGAAUUUAUAGACAAAAUCAAACUUGGAUAGAUGUACUUGUACCAAAAAUGAACUAGUAAUUGUACAGUUAUAGCUUAAGGGUUACAGCUUGAUUUGCAUUCGAGUGUAUGGGUUUCGUAUGCAAUCUGUAAAUAAUUUUGUACCUUUUAUUAAAAUUGCGUAAAAAUAGCCAGAAAUAAAAACAAACGUUUAAAUAAAAAAAAUUAUUUUAAUCGCUUAUCUACACGUUUUUUUGCUUAUACAACAAUGAUACAUUAAAAUAGAACACAUUAAAAAUAUUUUUAAGAAAAAAAACAAAGUAUUUGAUACUUAUAGACCAAAAAAGAAAACGAGCACCAAUGCUUCUAUCAAAUGACACAUUUGUAUAAGGCAAGUAUAUUACUACAUGAUACAAUAUUCUCGAAAAAUAUAAUAAAUAGUCUCUUCUAUUAUGCUAAACGUAUUGAUGACAUGACUAAAUGUGAAAAUCAAGUAUAAUGUUAAUGUAUAUAACAAUGAGUUCACACUAUGUACAAAAAUAUCAAGUUUUAUUACAUUUUGCGCGCUCACAACACACCCUAGGCGCACCUUCGAUAAUUACUCUCUUUUUUUUCAUUUAACUUGUCCCAUAGUAAACAAUAACGUACAAUAAUAGUGUUUUUCUUGUUAUUCAACGGCUUACAUAUUCUCGGACGAAUUUUAGAAUCGACCGAUAUCAUUUUAUAAUCAGGGUUACUCCAAUCGCCACGUAGGCUGUUAUAACAUUUUCCGAAUUUCAUAAGAGUGAUGCCUAGAAAAUUAUCGGUUUGUUAUAUAAAAAAAAAAAAUUGUAUAAAAGAUUAUUGCUUAUAAAUGGAGCGGUAAUAAUUUCCCAAUAACUUAGGAAUGUGGAAAGGCUAUAACCCAAAAGAUAAUCUAGAGUAUAGUUGUAUGGUAUGUACAGUUAAUUGAUAAAAUCAACAACGCAAGUACUCUCAAUAGUCGAUAGUCUCGCGAAAUUAUUAUGAAAAAA